AACCGGAAGAUGUACAGUUACAACCUAAACGCCACAUUCACUUCCGAGAAACAAAUUUAGUUUUGAGCUUUGACCAGUUACGAUGGCAAAUCGGACGGUUAAAGAUGCAAACAGUAUACAUGGAACAAAUCCACAAUACUUGGUGGAGAAAAUUAUUCGUACUCGAAUCUAUGAAUCAAAAUAUUGGAAAGAAGAAUGCUUUGGUCUUACAGCGGAACUUGUCGUUGACAAGGCCAUGGCGCUGAAGUUUGUCGGUGGAGUAUAUGGUGGAAAUAUCAAACCUACACCUUUCCUUUGUCUCACGUUGAAGAUGCUGCAGAUCCAGCCAGAGAAAGACAUUAUCGUAGAAUUUAUCAAGAACGAGGAUUUCAAGUAUGUCCGUCUGCUUGGGGCAAUGUACAUGAGGUUGACUGGAACAUCAGUGGAUUGCUACAAGUACCUAGAGCCACUGUACAAUGACUACAGAAAAAUCAAGUGUCAAAACCGUAAUGGGGAGUUUGAGCUGCAACACGUAGAUGAGUUUAUCGAUGAACUGCUACACGCUGAAAGAAUGUGUGACAUUAUCCUGCCCAGGCUUCAGAAAAGGCAGGUCCUUGAGGAAGCAGAGUUGUUAGACACACGAAUCAGUGCCCUGGAAGAGGACCUGGAUGAGGUGGAGACCAGCGAAGAGGAAGAUGAAGAGGAGGAUAAGCCAGAACGAGUUCAGACCCCAGAACCACACAGACGGAGUUACCGGGACAAUGACAGGCCUCGCCGCUCACCCUCUCCACGUUACCGACGCAGCCGCUCACCCAGACGGAGGAGCAGAUCACCCAAGAGGCGGAGCCCCUCCCCCAGGCGAGAACGUCACCGCAAACGUCACCGCAGCAAGAGCCCCCGUCGCCACCGUAGCCGCUCCCGAGAAAGACGUCACCGCUCAAAGUCCCCAGGGCAUCACAGAAGCCACAGACAUCGUAGCCACUCCAAAUCCCCAGAAAGGAGUUCAAAAAAGAGCCACAAGAAGAGCCGAAGAGGAAACGAAUGACCCGUUUUGUAUUUUGUUCCCUCUUAUAUUUCCCUCUUCUUUUUCUUUUUUUUUUUAUCUUAAAAGUUAAUGUGCCCACAUUUGUACAUGUGUAUGGACUCCCUUAUAUUUUGUAUUUCAAGUUGGAAUCCGAUUGCAAUUUUUUAGGUGUUUUCAGAUGAUGUUGCAGAAAGAAUACAUUUCUGAAAUGUGCAGUUCAUUUGGAACUGUCACCAACCCAAUUUAAUAGUGUAUAGAAUAUUUCAGUGGUUUGAAUAUAUGACUCUACAGUGUCCUUGUUGUAUGGUUUUAUUUGCUGGAUUGAGAGCUGUUGUAACAACGAGUCAUAUGAUGUCUCAUCCAUAGAACAAGUGAGGAAAUGGUUGUAUUUUAAUGCAUAUGCCGAUUGAAAUGAUUCAUUACUGUGGGUUUUCCAGAAAGCUUCUUACAAAUAAAGAACUCAUCCCCAGCC